AUGCAAUGCCAUUGUUACGAACUCGUCUUGGCUCAGGACCGUCGGACAGAAAGAAGUCAUUUCCAGUGCUGCAGCGACACUUCUUUUGUAGUCCUACUCUCCAGCGGAAGCAUGAGCGCUUCCGACAAGUCCAGUUUCUCUAAGGCGGUGGCGGACCUGCUCGUGGCGGGCGACACACGGUCCGCGGAGGCCAUGCUCGACUCGACGUCGCAGCAGGGCCCGAGGGGCUCGCGCAACAAGGUGUUCUACCACUCCCUCAUCAGCAGCUGCGCCCGGGCGGGCAGCCUGGACGGCGCGUGCUGGGCGUUCGGCCGCAUGGCGCAGGUGGGUCUGCAGCCGAAUGUCGUCACCUUCAACUCCGUGAUCGACGCCUGUGCGAAGGCGGCGGACCCGCGGCGAGCCGUCGUCUGGUUCGACCAUAUGGUGCAGGCCGGCGUGCAGCCGAACGCCAUCACGUACAACACCAUCAUAAACGCGUGUGCGCGCGGCCGCGACAUCCCUGGCGCGGAGGCGUGGUUCCAGAGGAUGACUGACGCUGGCGUCGAGCCCGGCAUCAUGUCGUUCAGCACCAUCAUCGACGCGUAUGCGAAGUCAGGCGAGAUGAGCAGGGCGGAGGAGUGGUUUGAGGAAAUGUUGAAGUAUGGCGUGCGCCCAGACGCAGUUACCUUCAACGCUCUCAUCAACGCGUGCGCGAAAGUGCCAGAUGCAAGCAACGCAGAGCAUUGGCUCAUGCAGAUGCGCGAGGCGAACUUGAGUCCCGACGAGAAGACCUACAACAGCAUCAUCAACGCGUGCGCCAAGCAAGGCCUCGUGGAUCGGGCCGAGCACUGGUUUGGUCAGGUGCAGAGGGCUGGCUGCAAAGUGGACACUUUUGGAUACGCAGCUGUCAUCCACGCCAGCGCCAAGGUCGGUGACUUGGCUCGGGCGGUGUACUGGUUCGAGGAAAUGCAGAGCUACGGGCUCCAUCCGAAUCUUGUGUGCUUCAACACGAUGCUGAAUGCGUGCGUGCAUAAGGGCGACCCAAAGGCAGCCGAUGCGUGGUUCCAGAAGCUGGAGUCCCGUGGGAUCCAGCCGAACAGCAUCACGUUCAACAGCAUGAUCAGCGCUUCCACGAAGAGCGGGGACCUGCUGCGGGUGAAGUACUGGUUGUGGAGGAUGCUCUGCACCGGAAACCAUCCGGACAGCCAGACGUUCUGCACCCUCACCCGUGCCUUCGAUGCGCCCGACCAGGCCCCCGCCCAGAGCCAAGUCUUGGCCUGCGACGCGAUCAUCGAGGCAUACGGAAAGGUGCACGGCAAGAACGGGAUCGCCGCGGGCGCCAGGAGCUGGCUCGACCGCCGCGCCAAGGCGAGCCUGGCGAGCCGCCAGGCCCCCGCCGCGCCGCAGGCCCACCCCGCGCCGACGCGGGUCUGCCCCGUGAGGCCGGCCCAGACCUCUCUCGCGCCGCCGCCCGGCCGCUUCGGGCUGCCGGCGCAGCCCCGCUUCAUCGCCGCCGGGCUGCUUCGAGACCCCGCCGAGCUUCCGCGCGCAAGCGGAGCACCCCGCGCUGAAGGAGGUCGCGGCCAGGACGAAGGCGGUCCAGCCCCCGCCCGGCCUCGCGCCCCCGCCCGGCCUCUCGCCGCCCUCCACCGCGCCGUCCACGCCGCGCACCUGCGGCGCGGGCAGCAGCAGCUACGGCGGCAGCGGCAGCUCGGGGUCGGCGGAGUGGUCCGAGCGUGCGCCGGCCGCCGACCGCUGGGAGGACAUGCUCUCGAAGGCUCGCCUGCACUCCGAGGGCGACGCCAUCAGCGGGCUGCAGACGCUCUACCGCUUCAGCCUCUGAGGCGCGCAAAGGGCUGCCUUGCCUGCUCACUCCGCAGCGGGAGUCCGCGGUGGUGUCGUGCCACGGCGUGCUCCGACCUCCCGGCGGCAGCCUCCAGGCGGUUCCAAGGUUUCCACAACUUCCCGGCGGCCGACGGCUGCCGACUUCGGCACACUCUCCGUCUCGGAGCUCGUGCGUGUGGGUCGCGCGGCGUGGAGCGCAUGUCAUGCAAUCUCUCGCGCUUCGCCACGUCAGCUCUCGAGCCGCGCUGCGCCUGGUUCAAUUCUUGA